GUUCUUCGGAAUGGCUGUGCUUAAAUUACACAUUAUCACGUCAUAAUGAGAAAUAAAAUUUGUUACAAGAUUGAGUGAAAUUUCCAUCGCUUCUGUGCUGAAGCAGUAGCAGCAGCCAAAGUACAAGAAGUUAGAGAAAUCACUAGGAUUGAGAGAAUUGGAGCUCAUUCACACAUACGAGGAUUGGGACUCGAUGACACCCUCGAACCAAGACAUGUCUCUCAGGGAAUGGUGGGACAGCUAUCAGCUCGGCGAGCUGCUGGUGUUGUCCUUGAGAUGAUAAAAGAGGGCAAGAUUGCAGGGAGAGCUGUCCUGUUUGCAGGACAACCAGGAACAGGUAAAACUGCAAUUGCCAUGGGACUGGCACAAGCGUUAGGUCAAGACACACCUUUCACAAGUAUGGCUGGUUCUGAAAUAUACAGUUUGGAGAUGAGUAAGACAGAAGCUUUGACACAGGCUAUCAGAAAGUCCAUUGGAGUGCGGAUCAAAGAGGAAACUGAAAUUAUUGAGGGAGAAGUGGUUGAAGUACAAGUUGACAGGCCUGCAACUGGCGUUGGUACAAAAGUCGGGAAGCUUACUCUGAAGACAACUGAAAUGGAAACUAUUUAUGAUUUGGGUAGCAAGAUGAUUGAAUCACUCAUGAAAGAAAAGGUCCAAGCUGGUGAUGUGGUGACCAUUGACAAAGCUACUGGUAAGAUAAGCAGGCUGGGCCGCUCUUUCACACGGGCACGUGACUAUGACGCCACAGGACCUCAGACGAGAUUUGUGCAGUGUCCAGAGGGAGAGCUGCAGAAACGGAAGGAGGUUGUCCACACUGUGACCUUGCACGAAGUGGAUGUCAUAAACAGUCGCACACACGGCUUCCUCGCACUGUUCUCAGGUGAUACUGGUGAAAUAAAGUUUGAAGUGCGAGAACAAAUUGAUAUGAAAGUUGCUGAAUGGAGAGAAGAAGGCAAAGCAGAAAUUGUUCCUGGUGUAUUAUUUAUUGAUGAGGUCCAUAUGUUAGACAUUGAGUGCUUUUCAUUCCUGAAUCGUGCUUUAGAGAAUGAGAUGGCUCCAGUUGUUAUUAUGGCCACCAAUCGUGGCAUAACUCGGAUAAGAGGCACCAAUUACCGAUCACCUCAUGGAAUUCCUCUUGACCUUCUGGACCGUAUGAUAAUUGUGUCUACGUCACCAUACCAGGAAAAGGAGUUGAAAGAGAUUUUAAAAAUUAGGUGUGAAGAAGAGGACUGUGAAAUGACAGAUGAUGCUCUGACAGUUUUGACGAGAAUUGCACUGGAGACAUCAUUGCGAUAUGCGAUUCAGCUCAUCACUACUGCCAGCCUUGUUGCUCGUCGUCGGAAGAGCACUGAGGUUGGCAUUGAAGAUGUGAAAAAAGUGUACUCCCUCUUCUUUGAUGAAAAUAGAUCUGCACAGUUCCUAAAGGAAUAUCAGGAUGAAUUUAUGUUUAAUGAGAUGGAAGAAGAAAAAAUGGAUGUCUCCUCAGCAUAACCAGAGAAUGACCCACCAGUAUGCUUGAAGCUGUAAAUUGUUUGUUGAUGUGAAUUGCAUCUUUUACUGUAUAUAUGACAAUAAAAAUAAUUAUAAGUA